AUGGCUACUUAUCAGAAUGGAACUUCAACGCGAUCAAAGCGAUUAAAAGGAAAAGUUUGCCUAGUAACCGGCGCUUCUCGUGGUCUAGGACGAACAUUCUAUCCAGAUCCUGAAUGUUCUGGCGGAUCGCUGUGCGAAACCGCGAAAGCGAUUGACGAUGCAGGUGGGAUUUGUUAUCCCGUUAAAUGUGAUCAUAGUCAAGAUGAAGACGUCAAGAGGUUAUUUGAACGAAUUACAUUAGAGCAACAUGGAAGGCUGGAUAUUGUGGUGAAUAAUGCUUUUUCAGGCAUUCGCGCCAUCAUUGACAAUCUACUGUUUCCAUUUUGGGAACAACCACUUUCCUUAUGGGAUAACGUCAAUGAUGUCGGACUAAGAAUAUCUAAUAAUGUAAAGUUCUUAAAAAUUGUCAAUUGCUGCCGGGGUUAUUAUACGACGACUUGGCAUGCAGCUCGGUUGAUGAUUGUCAGGAGUAAAGGAUUAAUUGUUAACGUAUCAUCUGGAGCGGCGUUAGAUAUCGCUUGUAAUGCUUCAUUAGGAAUUGGAAAAGCCGCUGUGGAUAGAAUGGCAACUACUUGCGCUAGAGAUCUAAAGCAAUUUAACAUCGCUAUGGUAUCAAUAUGGCCUGGUAUUGUAAGAACCGAAGUAACAGCACACUUUGAAAAAUCAUUAGAUUGCACUAAAGAGUUGAAAGAGAUGUCCGCCUAUUCUACACAGAUUAUUAGUAAAAUUAAACAAGAAGAUCCUCAAUUUACCGGAAGAGCUAUUGUAGCUUUAGCUACAGAUGAAACUAUUCUGAAUAAAUCAGGAAGAAUAUUGGAUAUAUCUGAUUUGGCUAGAGAGUAUGGAUUUACCGAUGUAGAUGGUUAG